AUGGUUCGAGUAUUGCCAGUUCCAUUCAUUAUAAUCGGAUUUAUAAUCCACUUCUGUACGUGUGACGAUGGCGCUUCCUCAGAUCUUCUGUAUAUAAAGACUUUGGAGCCCUCGGCGAUUUUAACCAAAAUGCCGAAUAUAACAAGUGAGUUUAGUUCAAGAAUCUUCAAUUCGUUUCGCAUAUUGCCAUCGUCUAAACCAAAAACAAAUGGAUCGCUCAACCGGAGUCAAAGCCCCACAAACUUAAGUUAUUUCUCUGAGAUUUCCAAUCAAAGACGAGUUCGACGAAAGGCAGCGGCCGACAUGCUAAGCCGUAAUAUUUCGAUGCUUUUGGAAAACCUACUCAAGCGCUACGAGCAAUCCCAACUGCCCACUCAUGGCCAGGGCGUUCCGACGGUGGUGCAAACGAAUAUCCUAAUCCGGAGCAUGGGACCCGUGUCCGAACUGGACAUGGACUACUCGAUGGACUGCUAUUUCAGGCAGUACUGGCGGGACAAACGGUUGAGCUUCAAGGGACCCAUCAAGAGUCUAUCUCUGAGCAUCAAAAUGCUGGACAAGAUCUGGAGACCUGACACGUAUUUUUACAACGGCAAGCACUCGCAAAUUCACAUGAUUACUGUGCCCAACAAACUGCUCAGACUGGAUCAGAAUGGUGGCAUUCUCUAUUCAAUGAGACUAACAAUUAAGGCCACAUGUCCCAUGGAGCUGCAAAACUUUCCAAUGGACAGACAAUCAUGCCCCCUAGUAAUUGGAAGUUAUGGCUAUAUCAACCAACAGCUAAUCUAUGAAUGGAAAAAUCAGGACGAUGCGGUGUCCUUUGUUCCAGGAAUGACUUUAAAUCAAUUCGAUCUCAUUAGCAUGAUGCAUCGCAAUUUCACAACAGUUCGUCGCGAAGGCGAUUUUUCAGUCCUGCAUGUGGCUUUCAAUCUCAAACGGCACACAGGAUAUUUCCUCAUUCAAGUAUAUGUUCCCUGUAUACUGAUCGUGGUUUUGUCAUGGGUCUCCUUCUGGAUACAUCGCGAAGCCACCAGUGACAGAGUGAGUCUUUGCGUGACCUCAGUGCUGACCCUAUCCACCAUUAGUCUGGACUCACGGACCGAUUUGCCAAAAGUGAAGUACGCCACAGCUUUGGAUUGGUUUCUACUGAUGAGCUUCCUAUACUGCAUUGCCACUCUGUUGGAAUUUGCGGGAGUGCACUACUUUACGAAACUCGGAAGCGGAGAAAGUCCUCAGCUGGAGGAUCAGUGGGAGGACAUCUGCAUAGCCAACUCAUUAUCGGAUCAUGCCGGUGAGGUCGAUGGUGAUGGUGAAGCUGAAGCUGAAGCUGACGCUGAUCCAUUUGCGGAUGAGGACUCCAGUGAUGAGGGCGGGGUUAGUGAGUCCGUUGGGUCCAAAAGCGGUGUGUGUGUCUGCAACAAAAACGAUGCUCUCGGAUUGGAGUAUGAGGUUUCGUUACAGAAUUCACUAGCUGGAGCUGGUUUUCUCAAAAGAAAUGCCAUUUUUUGCCCCACAUAUGCGGACCCAUCGUACAUCCUGCCAAACACCAUGGAGAGAACCACCCAAACGGAGCCCCCGGCCGUUUCCCGAUUGCAUCAAAUGUGGAUGUGCCUGAAGAGCGACAACAGUUUCCGGAAACAACGAGAACGCAACGCGGCAGCCCAAAAGAGCGAACAAGGUGGCGCCAAUUGCUAUGUCAAUAGUGUAUCCCUAAUCGAUAGGGUGGCGCGUAUUGCCUUUCCCAUGUCCUUCGCAUUCCUGAACCUACUGUACUGGUGGGCAUACGGGAUGUACAAAAAGGAGUUCUCAUGGUCCAAUAUGAAGGCAUAG